AUGAUUUUAAAAUAUAUUGCAUUAACAUUGUUAAUUGUGAGCGUCAAUAUUGUUAAAGCAAGUGAUAAAUUGGUAUUAUGUUACUAUGGGACGUGGGCGACUUAUCGCCCGAGUUUGGGCAAAUUCGACGUCGAACAUAUUGACCCCAACUUAUGCACGCAUCUGGUUUACUCGUUCGUCGGUAUCAACACUCAAGGAACAGUCAUAUCUCUAGAUCCGUAUCUAGAUUUACCCGAUAAUUGGGGAAGAGACAACUUUGCCAAAUUCAACGCAUUAAAAAUUGGCAGACCUAAUCUUAAAACUCUUUUGGCGGUUGGUGGAUGGAAUGAAGGAUCAGCGAAAUAUUCCAGAAUGGCAGCUAGCUCAAUACUACGAAGGAAUUUCAUAAACAGCGCUAUAAAGAUGAUGAAAGAUUACGAUUUUGAUGGUCUAAAUCUAGACUGGGAGUACCCUAACAGACGGGACACAGUGAACGGACCAGCUGAUAUACAGAACUUCGUACAACUGCUCAAAGAACUUAGAACAGAAUUUGAUAAAUACGGAUUCGAGUUGAGUUCCGCCGUCGCUGCUGUUGAAGCGGUCGCUAUCCAGGCUUACGACAUACCUGGUAUCAGCAAAUAUUUGGACCACAUCGGUCUAAUGACGUAUGAUUUGUAUGGCCCAUGGGACGCGGUAACUGGACACAACUCUCCACUGCAUAAAGGAGAAGGGGAUGGGAACAUUCCUAGAGAACAAUUGUAUACCGUAGAUGUUGCACUGGAGUACUGGAUCAAAAGCGGAUGUCCACCUGAAAAGAUAAUACUAGGUCUACCUCUUUAUGGUCAUACGUUCACUUUGACUAACGCGGCUAUAAAUGGUGUUCGAGCACCAUCUAGCGGUGCGGGCAUAGCCGGUCCUUAUACUUCUACUAACGGUAUCAUUGGAUACAAUGAGUUUUGCAUCAAAUUACAAAGAGAGACAUGGAAUGUGAGAUACGACAGCCUAGCGAAGGUCCCUUACGCGGUACAGAACAGAAACUGGAUAUCAUUCGAUAAUGCUAGUUCAUUAACCGCGAAAGUAGAAUAUGGAUUGAGCAAAAACAUUCGCGGUAUCAUGGUUUGGAGUAUUGAAACUGACGAUUUUCGUAACGUCUGUGGCUAUGGGAAAUAUCCCCUUCUGAAUGCUAUUCAUAAGGCUUUAGGAAAUAUCAUCACUACGACUCCUAGUACUACUACAACUACAACUCCUAGUACUACUACCACUACUACUACAACUACUAGACCUGGUUCAAAUACAACAAAAGAACCAAUCGUGUCUCCGUCGGGCAAUGUAUGUAAAUCAGAAGGACUAACAGCUGACCCUAAGGACUGUACUUCGUUCUACAUCUGCACUGUAGAUCCUAGUGGAAAAUUCUUACCACACAAGUUCAAAUGCCCCAGCAACCUUUAUUGGGACCAGAAGAAUCUUUACUGCAACUACCGAGAUCUUGUUGAAUGUAAUAUCUAA